UUUUUUCAAGGUGCUGGGAAUCUGCGCUGCUACGUCCCCCGUUCGAGCCGGCCAAAUAACUACAUCCUCCGUCGCCCAGGCCCCAAUAGUCCUGCCGUACUGAUUGAGGUACGGGGAAUCUGGGCAACCGACGAUCUGCGCUGCUACGUCCCUCGUUCGAGCCACCCGGACUUAUUUCGUCAUGUCAGCUAGCCCAGUAGCCACUUCGCAAGACGCCUUCGGUCAUUCUCUAGUUCAUGUCAACAUGCGCAAGAUAUGGCAGUCGACGUACACUAUGGUGCAGAAAGUGUGUCCACGAGGACUUUAGCAGUGGCGAAGAAGGUGGUGCGUCUACCCCAGCUCACAGCAAAUUGGAAGACGACGUCUGCUGGUACGAAGGCAUCCUGUUGCAUGAGAACUUCCACGAAAUCGAGCCCAUCCGCUUCAGCUUGAGGAAAUGAUCAAACAGAAACAACACAUUGAUCAGAACGACGAUCUCAGCUUGGAGAAGCUGUUGCAGAUCAGCGAGCUCAGUUUCAACACCAAGACGGGCAGCAUGGCGCUAGAAGACCUCGUUCUUACAUUCACUUAUCUACGGAGCUCAAACUUCUACGGUUACCAGUCGGUGGAUUUGAUCCCGAACGGGGCCAACAUCGACGUCACAAUCAACAAUGUCAAGGAGUACUGCAACUUAACGAUCAAUUUCUACCUGUAGGAGGGCAUCGGACAACAGCUUGUCGCGUUCCACUGCGGCUUCUGCGAGGUGUUCCCGUUGAACAAUCUGACGGCAAUC